AUGGCCGUCUGGCAGCCUAUGGACACUAUCAUAGGACCAAAAUGGCGCACGGAAAUGUUCUUAUCAUAUGCAGGAAACGUACAAGUGUCGAUGACGGUGACUUUUAAGUUCAGAUCCCUCAUUCCCGGCCGUACCUCCUUCACGACACGGUUUGGCGAGGAACCUUUUCCUAGCACGUCUAUUGCAGGUUGGCGGGAGUGGGACAACGGCGGUCAUGGCUAUAUGCUGGGUCUCGUAAGGGUUCGAUGUCGCUGUGGGUCUCUGACGAUAUCCUCCCGCGAGUCCUCGAAGCAAGGCAGAGUAACCACCCACAACAUGCCUUUGGAAUACGCACAUCAGUUCCGCGGUCGCUUCCCCGACCCAGGACCAUGGAAGCUGCCCAGGUCCGUCCAGGCGAGGCUCACAGAACCCCUCGGCAUGGCCGAGCUGCCCGCUCAGCGAGUGAGGAACUCGAAGCGCCGUCCUUACAGUCUCAACAUUAUGGUUGUUGGAGAGUCGGGGCUGGGAAAGACUACCUUCAUGAACACGCUUUUCAACGCACCUUUGACUGAGGAGCUUGGACCACGCAACUUGUCGUCUACCAAGACCGUUUCCAUUGACCCUACCACCUACGAGCUCACCGAGGAGGGAGUCACACUGCAGUUGACUGUGAUCGACACACCCGGUUUCGGCGACCAACUUAACCGUGAGACGAACUUCGACCCCAUCGUUGAGUACAUCGAUGAGCAAUAUGAGAGGUACCUGCAGGCAGAGAGCAGCCAGGAGAUGCGCAAGAACAUCCGGGACAGCCGUGUGCACGCUCUUCUGUACUUUCUCACCCCGUCCGGAGACAACCGUCUGAAGGAUCUGGACGUCGAGUUCCUGCAACGGUUGUGCACCCGCGUGAAUGUGAUCCCCGUCAUUGCAAGGGCGGACACCCUGACUCCGGAAGAAACGUCGGCAUUCAAGAAGGCUAUCAUCCGCGACUUUGAGAAGUACGGAAUCCACAUUUACCCGACGGCACACGCUGAGGACCGCGAAAACAUUGUCAUGCUUGAGCGAUACAUGCCUUUCGCCGUUAUUGGAAGUGACGACCUGGUGGAAGUCAACGGACAAAGGGUCCGCGGACGUAAAUACCGGUGGGGAUCCGUCGAGGUCGAGAACGAAAAGCACAGCGACUUCGUCCACCUCCGCGAACUCCUCAUCCGCACCAAUCUCCAAGACCUCAUCGAAACCACCCACGGCGUGCACUACGCAACACAUCGCGGCUCCAAGAUCCGCGCCUCAGGCCGCCCGGAAUCCUUCCUCGCCAGCGACGACUACUACGAGUCCCGCGUCGAGACGGCGAAGCGGGCGAUGGCGGAGGACAUGCAGCGAAAGGAGGACGAGAUGCGCCAGGUGUUUGUGUCAAAGGUCCGUGAGAAGGAGGCGUCGUUGAGGGAGCGGGAGGAGCAGCUGGCGUUGAAGAGGGCGCAGAUGGCGGAUGAGCUGGAGAAGAUGAAGAGGCAGUUGGAGAUUGAGGAGAACAAUUAUCAGGAGUUGGUCAAGUGA